AUGGCGAUUGUACAGCUUAUGCGUUGGGUAGCGGGAUUCUUUGCGGUGCAUGCGGCAGUACUCACGCCCUCAGAUUCGUUUAUUUUACAGCUGGAUGGACACACGGAGGAGUGCUUUCAUGAGUACGUACGUACCAAACGUACGGCGUUUUUGAAGAUCGGCGUACUGGAAUCGUCGGGUGCCUACGACGUCCGGCUGAAAGCGUUUGGCCCAUUUUCUUCGUAUCCAGAGGAGGAAUUUGUGACCAAAAACUUUUUUAAUCAAGUUGUGACUACACCUUACGACGAAGUGAGUCAGAACGUUGAGCACAGCGGCUUUAACUUCGACUCGGAGCACCGCGGCGGAUGGUACCGCUUUUGCUUAGACAAUUCGCACGAUAGUAAGAAGAAGGUAGUUGAGUGGUACACGUCUUUUGACCUAUCAAAUGAGGACGAUUUGGGUGAAGAAGACAAGAUGGACGAGCAGACUCGCCAAGAGCACAAAGAAGGGGUAAAGACUUCUCUUAAUCGACUGAAUACGCUUUUGGAUCUCAUUCGUAAUGAACAAGACUAUUACCGUGUCCGCGUACACCGUCACAUUCAAACAUUGGAAAGUAGCGGCUCUCGCGUAAUCCUUUACACAAUGAUCACUAUCGGUGUGCUGGGCGCCAUGUAUUGUGGACAAUCUUAUCUGCUGCACAAGUGGUUCAGCGAUCGCGGCUUCCUUUCAAAGCGACAGUGGGCGUAA